AUGGCUACUACCACCAGUCGAGACCCAGCCAGUCCACCACCAGAUGGCACUUGCCAUUUCUACACGCUGCCCCGUGAACUCCGCGAUUACAUAUACCAGCUCGCCUUCACCGCGACUCGAGCCGCCUUCAAGCCGGCAGUAGAAAAGGCAUUUACCCGUCCGAUCUACCACACCGUCAACAAGCAGUGGAGCGCCGAGGCGACCCCGAUCUUCCUUCGCCGCAUCGAUGCCUUGUUCGGAUCCCCUGAGCUGUUCGAAGAGUGUAUCACAAGCUCUCACAUGCGAGACAAUCUCAAGAACAUCAUACUCGCCAUGCCGUGCAGCUCUUCCAACUGCGACUCGAGCUGCGGGAGUCCUCACAGCAAAAACGGAGAAGGUGGCCUCCCGAAGUACGAUGACCGGAUGGCGGCCGGCUUAGCUGGAUUGGCCAGUUCUGUGCAUGAAUGCCCCAGGCUCGAGACCAUCACCAUCCAAAUCGGUAUAAACUGGGUCGACUCUCUUCUCAACUGGACCAAAUCUGGCAGUCGAAAGCCCACCUCAGCAGAACCGAGCAGCCGAUUCGUGCAGCAGCUGGUCCACGAGCUGGAGAAGCUUCGGGGCUUGCAGGUCAUGAUCGCGCUGCCACCUCAUGACAUCCGUCGUCGAGUUCAGGAUCAUGUGAUCUCGUUGGCACAAACGGCAGCUCAUUUCAGGCCGAUUACUACUCAACCGCGUACCAAUGAUCAUGUCUCGAUAGGAUCGAGGAUCAAGCGGACGAGCACAAAGCGCCGCAAGCUUUUGUAG